UAAAAUGUAAGAGUGCAUAUUUUUGAUUUCUCAAAGAAAACAUUUAAAGUCUUAUUAGUGUGGUAAAAUAGAAAUGAGAAGUUUUAACUGAAGUGUGAAUGUGUAGACAAGAAGAUAAACAGCAGAAUCAUUCCCAGUCAAAGUUUCAGACACAAAGCAAUGAGGAGCAGCCUGGAGCAACACAUUUGAUCUUCAGUGGCUUUACAAAGGACCAAGUGAUGGCAGAACUGAAGCCAUAUGCCUCAAAAGAGAAAGGUACAGCAAAGCUCUUCAGAAUGCUAUUCAAUAUAGAAGAGAUUAAAGGCCGCUCAUUGUUUGGUAUGAGGAAAGGGAACAGAGAGUCUGACGCCAGACCUUCUUGUGCAGACAAGGCAAAACUUAAGUUCUUGGAAGGUAACUAAUGAACUGAAUGAAAA